AUUAGCAUUUUGGCCCUGAGCAUUACUCGGGAUCUUUCCAGAUAACAACUCCAUAAAAUAAGCUCAACCGUCUUGCCUUCGCACUCGGGAGACUAGGCUCACAUCCCCAGUCACUACUCAUCCCAUAUAUUCGCAACAACAAUGGCAACGUCUUCGAACACCAGCGAGAAGCGCCCGAGUGACCAGGAGAUAGUCUCGCAGCUAAAUUCAAUGAAGCAAGAAAUGAACGCGAUCGCACAAAAACUGGGCGAACUGGAAAUGGAGAAAGAUGAGCAUCAACUGGUAGUGGAUACAAUGAAGCCCCUUGAAGGAGACCGGAAGUGCUUCCGUUUGGUUGGCGGAGUUCUGGUGGAACGGACUGUAAAGGACGUUCUGCCUGCUGUGGAGACGAACAUGGAUGGGAUCGCAAACAUCAUCAAGCAAUUAGUCACACAGUACAAGAAGAAAGAGCAGGACUUUGAGGCAUUUCAGAAAAAGUGGGGCGUACAGAUUAAGAAUCAAUGAUGAUGCAUCGGCGUGAAGGCUUUAGUAAGAGUAGUGGGGACGUAGUAUUGCAUCGUUUCCGAACGAAGUGGGGAUGGGUAGGGAGGGGAAUACCGUUUUGACCAGGGCCAAGCACAAGGGUUUCUUCUGCUUUCAUUAAUUAAGGGAUGGAUUUGACUCAGUUACGGAACCGGGAGGAGACAAUCUUUUGGAUGUCACUUGUUCACUAUUCGCACGGCGGUAGGCAGCAUAUUGGGAGGCGUGCUGAGGAAUGAUGACGGGAUCGCAAAAGCAUGUCCCCGCUCCAGCCCUUGUGGGACAUUCCUUCACCUGCUUUCCUGCCAUUGGCAAUGUGGGACGCUGCGACCUCGAGGUUACUGAGAUGAAAUGGGAUAUCUUAUUAACGCAAAAUAUGUACAAGAAAACAAC